GCUAUGAGUCAUGACCAAUACAAAAUAUUCUGUAUUAGAAGUAUGGAUGGUGAGUGGGGAAUAUUUCGAUGAUUAAUAAAUUCGACGUUGUACGACUAGCAUUCUCUUAAUGACUGUAUAAAUAUCAAGACGUGUCCCGUAAUGAAUGUAAUUCGGUGACUAAAUUAAUUUUUGAAAGAAAGUUUUUAUAAAACAAAGUUUUGUGUAUCGUAUGAUAAGUGUCGACCCGUGAAUUAUAAGCGGGUCGUUAAUUUUACUCUAAAUCAUUGUAUCUGCUGUUUUGGAACAUAUUCGUCUCCAGGAAAUAUCGCUUCAAUUAUUGAUGUCACAACUUCUGUGUAAGGAAAAACAUCAUUAUAACCAGUCCCCAGGGCAGCGAGAACAAAACCGAUAAAUGGAAAUUCUUCGUGCCUAAUCCCCUCCAAGGUUAUAUGUGUAUGUAAAGCAUAUUUUUGCAUAAUUUUAUUGUGAGUAUCAUAAUAAGUUGAAGUGAUUUUUUGGCGAUAUGCGGAAAUAAUUUUUUUUUAUGAUAUAUAUAUAUGAAUUUGGUGCUUAGAAUCCACAUCAAUAUACAUAUAUACAGAUAUGGAUAAUUGAAGGUUAUUACGUCAACUAACAAAAAGAAAAAUAUAUAAUUGUGAGAGGAUAUGAGACAAUUUAAUUUUUUUAUUUUUUGAUCGAUUGCAUUUUGUUUUAUUAAUUUUAGAUAAAAACAAAAUAAAAUCACAAUAUCUUAAUGGAAUAUUGGAAGAGUUAUAAUUUUUGAGAAUCGCUAAUUUUAAUGUUUUUCUAUUAUUUACAAUUUGUUCACGUGAUGAGCUCAUCAAUAUUGUUUAUGUUAUUUGAAUAGAGUGUUUUGUAUGAGUGAAUGAAUAUGAUUGCUAAUUGACUUGAAUAUAAAUUAUACUUUUGAAAAAUAUUGUUGAAAACUUUCUUAUUCAAAUUAUCAGAGAAAUAAAAUUUUGUAAAUUAAAUAUAAUACAUUCUUUUUUAUUAUUUUUUUUUAUUGAGUAACAAGAAAGGAAGCAAAUUUGUUACAUUUUGGGGGCUCAACCGGGAUUUGCCAAUCUCAAAUUAAUUUUAGUAUUAUCAUUUCUUUUUCUUUGUUGUCAUAAAUUUUUACAUAUAAUCAUCAAUAGUUUAAAAAAAAAAAAAAAAAAAAAAAAUCUCUGAUGAUGGAAUAAUGAAAUAUUGAGUGAUAUGGGUUUAGAACGUUCACCAAAAAAUAAAGAAAAAGAGUUAAUAAAUUUGAGUGGUGAGGGUAUUACCACGCGAUCUAAAUCAGUUCAAAAAAAUUUAGUAGAAAAAUUAAAUAAUACAGAUAAGAUGACAGACACGGAAGUAGGUAAUGAAAAGUUUAGAAGAUUAGAAUUAGAAUUAUCAGAAAUGAGAAAAUUAAUGUAUGAAAUGAAAAAAGAACGUGAAGGUUUAUUGGUUGAAAAUAAACAAAUGCGUAUUGAAAAUGAAACUUUGCGGUCUAAUAACGUAAAUUCUCAAAAUGAUAAAUCCAUUAUGUCUGACAAAGAAGAAUCUUCUUCAACUUCUGGAAUUAUUGACAAAAAUUUAAUAAUUGAUCAACCAAUAAAUCAUAAUAAUGGAAAUAAAAAAGUAAUAGAUAAUUCGAUAAAUAGUAAUUUUCAAAUGAGUCGUGUUCAUUCAUACGAAUCGCAUUUUACUCGAAUAGAUAUUAGAAUGCCGCGCUUUGAGAAUGAAAAGAAACAAAAUCCAGUUGAAUUUUUGCAAAAGAUUGAAAAUUAUUUUCGGGUAAAAGGUGUUUUUGGAUUCACGCGUUUAAUUGUUCUUGGGGAAUCCCUUGAGGGACGUGCGCGUGGAUGGUUUGAAGCUAUCUCAGUGGAAUCGUUUGACGAUUUUAAAGAAAUGUUUUUGCAGGAAUUUUUUUCCAUACCAAUUCAAGUGCGUUUGAAAACUCAGUGGUCAUCGCGAAAAUAUACAUCUCAAGAAGGGUUAUUAGUCGAAUAUCUUGAAAAACAAACAAAAGAUGCUCGAUUUAUAAUACCGCGGUUAUCAGAAUAUGAAAUUCAUUACACAAUUGCCCAACAAUUCCCAGAUCGUGUGCGCACGGCGUUAAUUUCUGUUGACUAUCAUUCUUUUCAAUCUAUGCAUCACGCUUUGUCCCAAUUGGAUCUGAUUUAUGCGGAUAGACCAAACCAUCAAUAUAGAAAUCCUCCUCCUCACGGUCAACAAAAUGCACACGUUAGGCAGGUAUCGGUGGAAAAUCAAUCGGUGAAUAAAAUAAGUAAAGGAUCUGCGAAUGCCCGAGCGAAUAGUGCCUCUCCGGUAUCAAAUUUUAAAUAUAAUUUUUUACCUGAUUUAUCACGUCCUCCUCCUCCGUUACCACAAAAUGUACAAUAUCAUUUAAACAAGUAA